CGCAGUGACGUCAGCAGGACGUAAAUUCACGGCCUCGCAGCGUUGUCGUUCUUUUUCCUCUCCGGUGCUGUUAGCGCGCCAGCUCUUCUCGUUCUGCCUCUGGAAGAUUUAACACCGAAGCCUCAAAAUGAUCAUCUACAAGUGCGUCAUUAGCAACGACGAAUUCUUCGCGGACACAUUCAAAAUGAAAGAAAGCGAGGACGGGAUAUUCUACGAAGUUGAAGGAAAGACGGUCAUCAGAACAGAAGGGUUUGAUGAGAGUUUAAUUUCGGCCAACGCAUCUGCUGAAGAAGUAACAGAAGGCUGUGAGUCUAGCAGCACAUCUGGUGUAGACAUCGUCCUCAACCACCAUCUGCAGCAGACCAACUUUGAUGUAAAGUCAUACACGACCUACAUCAAAAAAUACAUGAAGGACAUUAGGGCCCACCUGGAAAAGAACAAUCCAGCGAGAGUGGAGCAGUUUAUGGCCAACGCUCAAAAAGCAGUGAAGAUGGUCCUAAAAAACUUCAAGGACUUCGAGUUUUUCACAGGAGAGUCCAUGGACACAGAGGGCUUGGUGGCACUGCUGAACUACCGUGAGGACGGCGUCACACCAUACAUGCUUUUCUUCAAAGACGGUCUGAUGGAGGAGAAAUGUUAACUACCUGGAACUACAUCUGCUUUUCAAUUGGCUGCUGCUUCCCAAAUGACCCCAAGCGCUGACUGAAGGAGCACUAUUUUGCAUCAGGCCUGAAGGAAACAUUUCUUGUACGAUUUCUUACGUGUUCACGUUACGGCCCACAGCACCACCACUGAGGCUGGGUGAAUCAAAUGUAUGGUCCCCGAAAACAGUUUUUAAACUUUUUUUUUUUUGCAGUGUUUCACUUUUCAGCCUGGAUUGGAUUAUUUUCGUGAAAGAAAUUUAAAAUGCGGGACUGAGUGAAGAUCUGACCGAUUGAAAAAUGUCCCCCCCCCCCUGCAUUCUGUUUUAGCAGUGUUGAUGACCUCAGACCUCUGUAUUUUAUGAAAAAUCCAUCUACUAUGAAAAGACUUAUGGUUGAAUUUGAAAAUAAAAUCUAGUGCCACCAA